UUAUUCAGAAAAAAUGAUCUCAGAACAUCCAGAUAGUACAGCUUAGUUAGUCCUAAGGCAACAGCUCCAAAAUUUUCAAAAAGUGUAAACGUAAAAAGCCUAUAAAAAAAUUAUAAAAAUGAUGGGUGACAGUUUUGGAAUUGGCAUGGGCAAAUUGAAGAGCACAGAACCUUCGAUAGGACCUUUAGAACCGGAUAAUGAUUAUUACGAAGCGGAAACGUUGCUACAAAAAUCGAAGUCGCAUCAUACGCCACAGCCCUCGUGGGUGGCGUGGUGCGAGCGGAACUCCAAGCCGGUGAAGCGUCCGAGGCCCCGGGUCGUCCGAAAGUUGACCAAGUGGCAGAAGAAUGGACCGAUGACUAAGAAGGACUGGAAGCAUUUCUGCGCAUGGGCUGCCCUCCGGACAAGGCCAAGAGAACCUGAGCCGCCGAAACCUGCGAAACUCCCUUGCGUGGCCAAAUACCUACCCUGCGCCAAAAAGAAGCGCCACUUGGAUGAGGAUGAGCUGCGAGAGAGGAUGCUGGAGUUGGCGAAUCCCCGAAAGGUCACCCAGAAGUAUAGUAUAACUGACCGCCCGCCGGCCUACUCCCCGGUGAUCUCUUGGGGUAAACCGCCUCAUCGCGAUCCUGGCAGACCCUUUAAGCCGCCCUUCGUGCCCGUCUGUUUCCCCACCGACGAACUCGAGGCCGAGUUCUGGGCCCAGCUUAGGUUUCCCGUCCGGCAGGCAGCCCUCUUGGGGAAGGUCACGCCCCGCAUUUUAAAUCUGUCCAAGCCACGGUCUUAUCCACCAACUCCACACUGCCCGAUUCCCGAAAGACUACCGGAUCCAUUGGAUGUGCCUCCGCCACCGCGCAAGAAGUUCACCAGCAGAGAAUGGCGACUGCACCAGAUCCGACUGAUUUAUCUGUCCAAACCCGUCAUCAGAAAGGAGCUGGAUUACAUAUUUUAUAAUAUUUAACACCCUCUUGGGUCUUAUAGCUGCUCUUUGUAUUUGUCCAACUCGAAAUUUAUCUAUUAAAGCAUUUUGUGGACUAUA